CAAAACAAGGAUUUACUGGCUUGUAUUUCCCUUAAUUGAAUACUGCAGAAGAUAAUCUGUCUCUCAACUUAAUUUGGUUCCCUGGACAGGCAAAUCUGGCUGGUUUUUUUAUCCAGACAUUUUCUUCAGUACUGCUAUCACAUUUUGCUUUCAGUAGUCCAAAAUUAGGUCAGAACUGUAACUCUGAUAAUAAUCGCCUAGUAACUGCUCACCUUUCUUAAUUCCUAUGAUAUUCUUUUUUAUAAAAUAAUGGUUCACUUUAUUCCUAAUCUGCCACCAUUUGGUUAUAAACCAUCCAACCAGAAAGGGAUACAACAAUGCACUUUAUCUCCGAAAUAAAAUGGCAAGGAUAUGGAGAAUUAGGUUCAUGUCUCCGAAAUUUUUAUACCCCAUCUCAAAUUAGACACUGCUGCAUAACAUAUUUCCUUUUCUCCGGUGAAAAGCAAGAAAAAGAUGCUUCAACAUGUAAAAGCUACAGUCCUUAGUGGCCAGCACCAUCCAAAUUAACUAUGGCCCUAAGGGUCCCUUCUUGCCUCUAAAGGAACUUGAUCGAUGGCAAAUUCUCAUAUCAUAUCAACUAAUCCUUGUACGUCACUCCCUUCUUUUAUGCUUUCUUUCUCUAGUCCCCAUGCACCUCACAUCCAACAAAACACAAACAAAAUACACCGGCCUUAUUCUAAACUGACAGAUUUUUCUCUUACCCGGGGUUGUCAAUAGUUGUUUUUCUUUCUCCUCCACUUCGAGUUCCAAUGGAGAUUUUUCAUUGCUUGUACUUCAGGAUUCUCUUGACCUUCACAUUCAUCGUAUCUGUGGUUGUGGCUACUAAUCCUUAUUCAGAGGCUCUCUUGAGCUUAAAAUCUGAGCUCAUUGAUGAUAGUAACAGCCUGGAUGAUUGGUCAGUGCCCCCCGGAGGGGACACAGGAGAGAAAGUCCAAGCAUGUUCUUGGUCUGGUGUCAGAUGCAACAAGAAUUCCACAGUUGUUAUUGCUUUAGACCUGUCUAUGAAGAAUCUUGGUGGUGAAUUAUCAGGGAAGCAAUUUAGUGUCUUCACUGAGCUUGUUGAUCUCAACUUCAGCUACAACUCAUUCUCAGGGCAGCUUCCAGUGGGAAUCUUUAACCUCACUAAUCUAAAAAUCUUGGAUAUCAGCAGAAACAAUUUUUCUGGCCAGUUUCCAGAGGGAGUCUCAGGUCUUCGAAACCUGGUUGUACUUGAUGCCUUCAGCAACAGCUUUUCUGGGCCGUUACCAGUUGAAGUUUCCCAGCUUGACCAUCUCAAAAUUCUCAAUCUGGCUGGGAGUUACUUUGAUGGUCCAAUCCCAUCAGAGUAUGGUUCUUUCAAGAGCCUUGAGUUUAUUCACCUGGCAGGUAACUUCCUCGGUGGUACCAUACCACCAGAACUAGGCCAACUCAAGACAGUGACCCAUAUGGAGAUUGGCUACAAUUCAUAUGAAGGAAGUGUCCCAUGGCAAUUGAGUAACAUGAGUGAGCUUCAGUAUCUUGAUAUAGCUAGUGCCAAUCUAUCUGGCCCAAUACCAAAGCAACUCUCCAAUCUCACCAAGCUUGAAUCACUAUUUCUCUUUAGAAACCAGCUCACUGGAUCGGUCCCCUGGGAGUUUGGAAAAAUUGUGCCUCUUGCAAGCUUAGAUCUUUCUGAUAAUCAUCUUUCUGGGCCUAUACCUGAGAGCUUUGCAGAGUUGAAGAAUCUCAAGCUGCUAAGCCUUAUGUACAAUGAAAUGAAUGGAACUGUUCCACAAGGCAUUGGUCAGCUUCCUUCGCUGGAAACUUUCCUUGUAUGGAACAAUUUCUUCUCUGGGUCACUUCCACGGGACUUGGGCAGGAACUUAAAGCUAAAAUGGGUGGAUGUUUCCACCAACAAUUUCAUCGGCAGCAUUCCGCCGGAUAUUUGUGCCGGAGGGCUAGUAAAACUGAUCCUGUUUUCGAAUAACUUUUCGGGCAGGCUUUCACCAUCCAUCUCCAAUUGUUCUUCGCUUGUGCGUCUACGAAUCGAAGACAAUUCCCUCUCCGGUGAGAUACCUCUUAAAUUCAGCCAGCUUCCUGAUAUCACAUAUGUAGACCUUUCCGGGAACAAGUUUUCCGGUGGGAUUCCCACGGAUAUCUCUCAAGCUUCCAGUCUGCGGUACUUCAAUAUCUCCAAUAACCCAGGGCUUGGAGGUAUGAUCCCAGCAAAAACAUGGUCUUCGCCACUUCUCCAAAAUUUCUCAGCGUCAGCGUGUAAUAUCUCAGGCAAUCUUCCUCCAUUCCACUCCUGCAAAUCUGUUUCAGUUAUUGAGUUGCACACGAACAACCUAGCAGGAAGUAUCCCUGGAAGAGUGUCUGAUUGCCAAGCUCUUAGGAAGAUGGAUUUAGCUUUUAAUAAGUUUACUGGUCAUAUACCAGAAGACCUGGCAAGCCUUCCAGAUUUAAGUGUCCUAGACUUGUCACAUAAUAACUUCAGUGGUCCGAUACCAGCAAAGUUUGGUGCUUCUUCAAGCUUAGUGCUUCUAAACGUGUCUUUUAAUGAUAUCUCUGGUUCCAUUCCAUCCAACAACGUGUUUAGAUUGAUGGGCAGCAAUGCUUAUGAGGGAAAUCCAAAGCUAUGUGGAGCACCCCUGAAACCAUGUUCUGCUUCGAUCGCAAUAUUCGGCAGCAAGGGCACAAGAAAGCUUACAUGGGUUCUGCUACUCUGUGCAGUGUUGAUUGUAUUAAUUGUGGCAUCAAUCUUGGGGAUAUUCUACUUCCGGAGAGGAAGUAAAGGUCAAUGGAAAAUGGUCUCCUUCAGUGGACUCCCCCGAUUCACAGCAAAUGAUGUUUUGAGAAGCUUUAGUUCCACGGAAUCAAUGGAAGCAGUGCCAGUAGACUCUAGUUCAGUUUGCAAAGCCGUGCUGCCUACAGGAAUAACAGUUUCGGUGAAAAAGAUCGAACUGGAAACAAAGAGAAUGAAGGAAGCCACAGAAUUUAUGACACGACUAGGUGUUGCAAGACACAAGAAUUUGAUUAGAUUGCUAGGAUUUUGCUACAACAAGCAACUAGCUUAUGUCUUGCAUGAUUAUCAGCCUAAUGGUAACUUGGCUGAAAAAAUCACUUUGAAGAGAGAUUGGGUGACCAAGUACAAACUCGUCAUUGGCAUUGCUAGGGGACUGUGCUUCCUUCACCAUGACUGUUACCCAGCAAUUCCUCAUGGAGAUUUGAAGAUGAGUAACAUAUUGUUCGAUGAAAAUAUGGAGCCUCAUUUAGCUGAAUUUGGGUUCAAGUACCUUGCGGAAAUGACUAAAGGCUCGUCUCCUGCAACAAUUUCCAUGAGAGAAACAGGCGAACUCAACAGCGCUAUAACAGAGGAGCUCUGCAUGGACACAUACAAAUUUGGGGAGAUCGUUCUGGAAAUCCUGACUAAUGGCAGAUUGGCAAAUGCAAGAGGGAGCAUACAGAGCAAGCCUAAGGAGGUGCUUCUAAGAGAAAUAUAUAGCGAGAACCAAACUGGCUCUGCCGAUGCAAAACGAGAGGAAAUAAAACAGGUUUUUGAAGUUGCUUUGCUCUGCAUGAGAAGUAGGCCAUCUGAUCGACCAUGCAUGGAAGAUGCACUGAAACUUCUAUCAGGGUUGAAGUCGCAAGUAAAUUAACAGAAAUAUCGAAACCAAAGGACUAUACUGAGCAUUUCACAAUGCCACAUAUAUUGAUAGAUAUGACUUGUAGCUAAUUCAUAUGAGUGUCUGUUUGUGUUUAAUUAUCAUACCUAGCUUGUUCCCGCGGAGAUUAUUGGAAAUAUUUUGCCGUAAUAUAGUGGCCUUUAGGUUUGUGUAUUCUUAAAGAAUCUUAUAGAUGUUAACUACAUGGUACUUAUUUUUUUCCAUGCAUGAUGUAAAACUAUUGGCAUUAAAACACCGUGCGUUUCCUUA